GAGCCCUGCAUUCUGAGCCUCGCGCCCUUGGAUAGCAGUUGCUCACUCGGAUGCAGCGGGUCGGUAGCAGUGUCCCCAACAAGAGCCGGGCGGCGUCCCGAAGUCCCAGCGUGGCCCUCACUGAACAGGGUCAGGUGGGCGUGCUGCCGGUGCGGCUGCUCAGGGACAGUCCGGCAGCCGUGCAGGGCAAUGACCGUGCUGAAGACGGUUUCCAAAUGAAGAUGGAUGCCCACGGCUUCACCCCCGAGGAGCUGCUGGUGCGAGUAGACGAUCAAAGCCUGAUGGUGACCGGCCAGCGGGAACUGGAGGGCCAUGACCCGGAAGGGGGUGGUUACCGCAUUUCGCAGGAGGUGUAUCGGCAAAUGCUACUACCACCCGACCUGGAUACCACCGCCAUGACCUGCUGCCUGACCCCCUCCGGCCAGCUGUGCGUCCGAGGCCAGUACCGAGUGCUGUCUCCCCCUGAAGCCCAAACAGGAUCGUCACCGAGGCUCAGGAGCCGCAGCUCGAAGAAGGGUUCCAACCAAGCCUGACCUAGUAAACAACAACCGUAGUGUGCAGCAAA